GCGAAAGCGCAUAAGAUCUUAAGCCCUAGCGGCCAUCGAAAAACCCUCUCUGUUUUCUUCUUCUCACUGCUACUCUGAAUAAACCCACAAAAACCAAAUGGCUCGCACUCUCAAAAACCCUAAAAAGGCAAAGAGAAAGAACAAGGGCUCAAAGAAAGGAGAUGGAGCAUCAGCAUCUUCUUCGGUGCCGACGAUUCAGCCAAGGGUUUGGCAACCAGGAGUCGACGAAUUGGAGGAAGGAGAAGAGCUUCAGUGUGACUCUUCUGCUUAUAAUUCUCUUCACGCUUUUCACAUUGGAUGGCCUUGUUUGAGCUUUGAUAUUGUUCGCGAUUCAUUGGGUUCAGACAGGAAAGAUUUUCCACAUACAGUGUAUUUUGUUACAGGCACUCAGGCUGAGAAAGCUUCUUGGAACUCUAUUGGAGUGUUUAAAGUAAGUAAUGUUUCUGGGAAAAGACGUGAACUAGUUCCUACCAAAUCUGUGGAGGAUGAUCCUGAUAUGGAUGCAGAAAGUAGUGAUAGUGAGGAUAGUGAAGAUGAGGAAGAAGGUGGAUCUGGUGCGCCAGUUUUGCAGUUGCGAAAGGUAGCUCAUCAUGGAUGUGUUAACCGUAUACGUGCAAUGACACAAAAUCCUCACAUAUGUGCAUCUUGGGCUGAUAGUGGCCAUGUUCAGGUGUGGGACUUCAGUUCUCAUCUGAAUGCUUUAGCAGAGUCAGAGACGGAAGGUGUCCAGGGAGCUUCUUCAGUUUUUAAUCAGGCUCCAUUAGUUAACUUCCGUGGCCACAAAGAUGAAGGCUAUGCAAUUGAUUGGAGUCCUGUUGUCGCUGGAAGACUUGUUACAGGGGACUGCAAGAAUUGUAUUCAUUUGUGGGAGCCUACAUCUGGUUCAACAUGGAAUGUUGAUGCUACUCCAUUUGUUGGACAUUCUGCAAGUGUAGAAGACCUACAAUGGAGUCCAACUGAACCUCAUGCAUUUGUCUCCUGUUCUGUGGAUGGGACUAUUGCAAUUUGGGAUAUCCGUUUAGGCAAGUCACCUGCAGCUUCUUUUAAGGCACAUGAUGCAGAUGUGAAUGUAGUCUCAUGGAACAGGCAGGCUAGUUGUAUGUUAGCAUCUGGAAGUGAUGAUGGAACAUUUUCAAUUCAUGAUUUUAGGUUGCUCAAGGAUGGAAAUACAGUGGUAGCUCAUUUCAAGUACCAUAAAUAUCCUGUGACAUCCAUUGAGUGGAGCCCACAUGAAGCCUCCACUUUGGCAGUUUCAUCUUCUGAUAAUCAGUUAACAAUAUGGGAUCUUUCUUUAGAAAAGGAUGAAGAAGAGGAAGCAGAGUUCAAAGCUCAAACAAGGGAGCAAGUUAAUGCCCCAGAAGAUUUACCUCCGCAACUUCUUUUUGUUCAUCAGGGGCAGAAGGACUUGAAAGAACUUCAUUGGCAUGCUCAGAUUCCUGGAAUGAUUGUGUCAACUGCAGCAGAUGGUUUCAACAUCCUAAUGCCUUCAAAUAUACAGAGUACUCUCCCCUCCAAUGGUUCUUGAAAAAUGACUUGGUUCACUGCUUUAAGUAUGAAUCAGCAGCUGAUUUGAAGCAUACAUCCGUACAUGUGUGAAUUAUGGUGUAGCUUUUUCUGUUUCUCUCCUUGGUGCACCAGAGUAGAAAAAUCGUUUGCUUCCAAAGUAUUUUCGGUUUGGUCUUACUUAUGACAGCUGCUGGCUGCUCGCGAUAUUUUAUUGUCUUUCACAGUAUCGUGUGUUAAUGGAGAGUCUCAAUGUUCGACGUUUUGAUAAAGAAAUACUGUAACUGCUUAUAAGAAAUUUUUUUGGCUAAUCUAUGAUAUGAGUUUUACCAUAUA